AAAAACAUCUCAAUCCAAAAUCCCAAAAGAAAAAUGUUUAUCAAAUUUGCAAUUUUAUUUGUAUUUGUACCAUUUGUAGUUGCAAUUGAUCAUGCAAGUACAAGUACACCAGAAGAACCGGUUCUUGAAUUGUACAUGCACGAUAUCUUGGGAGGAAAUAAUCCAACAGCUCGACCGAUAACGGGUUUAUUAGGCAAUAUUUAUAGUGGACAAAUACCAUUUGCUACACCACUUGGUUUUGAACCUCCAGAAGAUGGUGUUGCAAUUCCAAAUGCUAAUGGUGCAAUGCCAACAUUCAAUAUCAAUGGUGUUCCAUUAGGAACAGGUCUAGCAGGCACAGUAUUUGCUGGAGGAAAUAAUAAUAAUAAUAAUAAUGGACAAAAUGUGAAUACUCAAUUAGGCCCUGAUGGUCUAGGGCUAGGGUUCGGGACGAUCACGGUUAUCGAUGACUUCUUGACCUCCUCUCCUGAAUUAGGUACACAAAAACUUGGAAAAGCACAAGGAGUAUAUGUAGCAAGUUCAGCAGAUGGAAGUACUCAAAUGAUGGCAUUUACAGCUAUGUUUGAAGGAGGUGAAUAUGGUGAUAGUCUAAAUUUCUUUGGAGUUUUUAGAAUUGGAAGUACAAUGUCAAGAAUUUCAGUAACAGGAGGAACUGGUAAAUUUAAAAACGCGCGUGGAUUCGCGGAAAUACGUUCACUUAUACCAGCUGGUCAACAUGUUGCUAAUGGUGCUGAGACAUUGUUGAGGAUUGUUGUGCAUCUUACUUACUGAAUUUUCAUUAAUUUGAUGUAAUUUUGUGUGUGUGUGUGUGUGUAUUCUGUUUUGUUUGAUCAAUAUGAAUAUUAAUUGUCUUGUUUCAUUGUGGCAAAGUGAAUAUAUAUCUCUAUGUAUUCCUC